GCUUUGUGGAGGCUCUCCUGCGCCUUGGAGACCUCCUGGCCUCUGGCAGCUUCUGGCGGAAGGUGCAAGGCAAGCCGACUGGCUUGGCAUACCUGGCCGAUGUGAUGAUGUUAGGACAUUUCUCGGAGGCAGCCCGCCUUCGUCGAGGCUUCCUGCGGCGCCUCGCAGUGCG